GAUACUCCCGUUCAGUAACCAAAGAAACGGCGUCCUGUAUAGUUCAUAUUACAAACUAUCGUAAGCAGGGUAAGAUCUUGCAAUAAAAGUGAAAAAAGUCACAAAAAUAUGUGGCAUACGAAUAUUUAUACGGUUAAACAUUGACGAACUGUUUUCCGGUCGCUUAUUCGAAUCAUGAAAAAAUCCACAUAACCUCAAUGUUUCGGGUAUCGCUAAGAUAUCGCGGUCAAAGUGUAUAUAGGGAUAUAUCGACGAGUUCGAAAGAGCUCGACCGAAAGUAUCUGAGAAGAAAAGAACAGCACAUAGAAAAUCGUAAAAGAUAAUAUAAAAAGUCGAUUGCCUCAGUACGUUGUUUAACAUGAUAAACAUGUAAUUUCAUUUGGACAUGAAAAAUUUGAACGAUCACGAAAGAAUUCGUGUUGCGAUAAAACCAUGAUUCGUUAUUUUUGGUCGUUGGUUUGUUGGUAUUUGAGACCGUUGAUAAAAUGGUUUUUGCAUCGAACGACGCAAAUGUGUGAGCUGCAAAGGAUCUGUUAUGGGAAAGUGUCAGGGGCGGCAAGAACACUGGAAGUCGAAAAGUCUUUACGGCAAUCGCGAAAUCUGGAUAUAAGAUCAAUGGUAGAACGUCUCGAUGAAAUGGCAAACAAUAGACAAAUCAACAUCAAAACGGAGCGAGCAGUCCUUGAAGAGGCUAUAAGAACUGUACUUUUAGCCAAAAAAAUAAAUCCUUUAGCGCAUCCAGAUUUUGCUAAGUCAUUUGGCAAGUGCGUCGAGUUGAUUUGGGGCUAUCGUCAACUAGUUGUAGAAUGCGAAGAUCUACGAAAGUGUUGUUACAAUUCUGACGAUUCUGAGCACGAAACAGCACUCUUGAAGCUUUGGAAUUUGCUCAAACCUCAUGAAUCUCUUGAAUCCAGAGUUACCAAACAGUGGCAAGACAUCGGCUUUCAAGGAGAUGAUCCUAAAACAGACUUUCGUGGAAUGGGUGUUUUAGGAUUGGAGAAUCUCGUGUUUUUUGCUCAAGAAUAUCCAGCUGCAGCUUCUCGCUCGUUAUCACAUUCCUCUCAUCCUAGCUAUGGCUACGCCUUUGCCAUUGUUGGCAUUAAUCUGACCAGCAUGGCCCUUCGUUUGCUUCGUGAUGGCGCGGCAAAAACUCACAUUUACAACACCUCCAAAACACUACCUACCGUUCGUGCCUUUCACCAAUUGUACAGUUAUCUCUUUUACGAAUUUGAUGCCUUUUGGAUUGACUCCAAGCCCACCAGCAUGAUGGAAUUCUCAUCUAUUCAGGAAAAAUUUGAAACUAGUGUCCGUACUGCUCUUGCCAAUCCUUCCACUGUCUUUAGAAUAAAUGUGUUGAUAGAAAGUGUUUAGAAAUACCGUUUCAGCUACUAGCUUGCUUCCAGUAAAGUCAAGUCGUUAAUGGAUGCCAGUAAAAAGUAGACCUGAAAAAAUUCUACACCCACCGUGGCGAAGAAACGACAUUGAAGGAAUAAUUUUGUGUUUGUCAAUUGUACCUUCAAUCAUUUACUCCGGCAACAAGAGGAACAUAAAUAAUUGUAGACUGCAUUGUGAUCUUAUCGUUUAUUGUAGACGGCUAUACAAUAAUUAUUUAUUUAGCAAUCUCUGUUGUAAAAAUCUCAAUGAAGAAAUGAUAUUUUCUCAAGAUGCUGAAGCUUGCAUCGUUGGAACACAACGAAACAUCUGUUCUUGAAAUUUCCAAGUAACGGAAAUAUUUUCGCAAAUAAUUAGGUGUAAAACUAUUAAAAGUUGUCAAUAAAAAGGUUUUAGGUAGCAGGAAUAUGAGAAAAUUUAUAAUCGAGACAAUGAAAAGAACUGGCAUUGCCAACGAUAUGAACUCCAUCGAAUUUUUUAUAGCGUUCUAUGAACUCUGAUGAAUAUUUGGUUAUUAGAGCCAAAAAUUGCACACCAUGAGCAAAUAAUUUUAAUUUUGAAUACAGAACCUGGAAUAUUUAAUACGUUCAUUCCAUAUUUCAUUCAAUAGAAGUCAUCUCUAUAAUUUCCCUUAAAGCUGAUGUAUGUCACUGGCAAUUGCAGCAUAAUUGUUUAUUAACGAAAAAUAUACUGAAUCAUUUCCGUUGAAUAAUUUUUUACUUAUACCAAUAUGACUUGGUCUUGUUAAUCUCCUGAUAAGUUUGAGGCAAUAAGUGGAAGACGUUUAGUUGCAAAAAUUUCGAGUUCAUCGUAAUAAGCCUGAAAAAAGUCGUGUGCAGAAAAAUGAGAGUAUCAUUGCGUUACAACAAUCAUUGCAACAAAACUCCAGCCAUAGAAUAAACUCCAUCUUUUUUUCUAUAGAAUAUAUUUCAUCAACUGUUACGAAUACAAUUAAAACCUGGCAUACGAUGAUAGAACAAUAAAAAAAUGAAUAAAUGGAAGAUUCAUUGAAAAAUGUAUAAAAAAAAAAAUCGAACUCGUAAUAUUACUUG